GUGGGCGGGGUGUCCCUCUGCCUGGAACUCGGUUUUCGUGUUGGGAGCCAUGGCCACUCGUCGAGCUCUGCACUUCGUUUUCAAAGUGGGGAACCGCUUCCAGACGGUGCAUUUCUUUCGAGAUGUCCUGGGGAUGCAGGUUCUUCGCCAUGAGGAAUUUGAAGAAGGCUGCAAAGCUGCAUGCAAUGGGCCUUAUGAUGGGAAGUGGAGUAAAACAAUGGUGGGAUUUGGGCCCGAGGAUGAUCAUUUUGUUGCAGAAUUGACAUACAAUUAUGGCAUCGGAGACUACAAGCUUGGCAAUGACUUCAUGGGAAUCACGCUUGCUUCUAGCCAAGCUGUCAGCAAUGCCAGGAAGCUGGAGUGGCCACUGAGUAAAGUUGCAGAAGGGAUUUUUGAAACUGAAGCCCCAGGAGGAUAUAAGUUCUACUUACAGGAUAGAUGUCCAUCUCAGUCAGAUCCUGUAUUAAAGGUGACUCUAGCAGUGUCUGAUCUCCAGAAGUCCUUGAACUACUGGUCUAAUCUCCUGGGAAUGAAAAUUUAUGAGCAAGAUGAGGAAAAGCAACGAGCUUUGCUGGGCUACGCUGAUAACCAGUGUAAGCUAGAGCUACAGGGCAUCCAGGGUGCAGUUGAUCAUGCAGCGGCCUUUGGAAGAAUUGCCUUUUCUUGUCCUCAGAAAGAGUUGCCAGACUUAGAAGACUUGAUGAAAAGGGAGAGCCACUCGAUCCUGACUCCGUUGGUGAGUCUGGACACCCCAGGGAAAGCGACAGUGCAAGUGGUCAUCCUGGCUGACCCUGAUGGACAUGAAAUUUGCUUUGUUGGGGAUGAAGCUUUUCGAGAACUCUCUAAGAUGGAUCCAAAAGGAAGCAAAUUAUUGGAUGAUGCAAUGGAAGCGGACAAAAGUGACGAGUGGUUUGCUACGAGGAAUAAGCCAAAGGCUUCGGGUUAGUGGAAGACACAUGAAGAGCACUUACAUCUCCAGUCCAGUCUGUUAUCAGUCUGGCACUUAUGUUUUGAGAAAUGCUCCUACCACUUGGCUGUGUCCUGCAUAGGAGGUCUGUGCGGUAGUUUCACUCUUCAAAGCUCUGUUUUUAGAAAUGAAAUAUUUUUAUCACUCUUGGUAGAGGCAAAUUCCUACUGUGUGUAAUUGUAUUAAAUUUGGUAACAAAUUUAUUGUCCAGACUGAGACAACUAUAUGGAAUAUUACUCUUGGUUGGGGCUGGAGGAAAAUCUGAUUACCUGUUAAUCAUGUAGAUACUAUUGAAACAAAUGUCAGAAUGAAGCCAAACCAGCUAGGCAUGAGGGUGCAUGCCUUUAAUCCCAGCACUUGGGAUACAGAGACAGGAGAGUGUCUGAGUUAGAGGCCAGCCAGGACUAUAGAGACCCUGUCUCAAAACAAAACAAA